AAUGUUUUAUUUAUCAUUUUCAUCAAAAUAUACAUAACAAAACAUUCAUGAUAUAAUGGAUCACAGAAGUUCAGAUGACGUUGUCAUUUUGCAUUUAGAAUAACAUGUCUAACAUGCAAAAUAGUAUAAGAAAACAAAUGUUUGUUUACAACAAAAGAAUUCAGGUACUUGGCCUAUAAAAAAUAAACAUAACAAAAACAGCCUUCUGCUUCAUCACCUCUUUAAAGUAUUCAGAAUGAUAGCCCACUUGCAUUUCUUUUGUGGUAUGGUAUGUUCAACAGUUUCAUAUCAUAAAAGAAAGUUACAAAAAUGGGGGAGAGUAGGUUUAAUUUGUCACAUCGACAUCUAACAAUAUAUUGUUUACCUGACAGGAGCAGAAAGUUUAAUACAAAUAUAUUUCUGGCCUUUUGGGAAUUCGGGGCUUAUAGAUAACAAAAAGAAUAUAGCUUCAGUUAGUAUAUCAUGCCUCGGGAUUUAGUCAUACUGGCUGUAGGCCUACUUUGGUACUUAUACCUACCCUUACCUGAACAUUACCCUAAUUGAUUAUGGUUGCCAUGACAAUAGGAAGUGUACCCUACAUAGAAAUCAGUUUUGAAAUUAGAGGAAUCAAAGCUAGUACUCUAGUGGGGGAUUGCAAGAAACUUGCAAUCAAUUGCAAGUCUAUUUUUGUUCCUAAAUUAAACAUAUGCCUUGCAAUUAAUUGCUGCUCUGCUCCAUGAAACAAGGAGAGUAUAUGAAGUGCUUAAGUUAAAAGUGAUCAAACGACUGUAAAAUUGCAUCAGAAUAUUUGCGAUUGAUUGCAAAUAUUUUCUUGCAACACCCCCUAGGUAACAUUAAUUGCAAUUCAUAUUUUACUUUACAAAUCUGUUGAAAAUAUUGUCAGGGCAUGAUUGAAAAUCAGAUAUAUCAAGGAAAAGCUGUCAGCCAUGUAUCUGCUUCUGCAAUUUACUUUUUCCUUUUUUUUUUCCUUUUUUUUUAAAUUUCAGACUUGAAGCUGUGAAGAGAGCUGUCCAGCGUUCUGCAGGAAAUCUCCUAAAUGCCGAAAUAGUAGCAGACCUUGUCAACGGUUUAGACCUUACGCUGGGGGAACUACAAGCUCCAGUGGAUGGGGAUGAUGCAAGUCAGUUUAUUUUUUUUAUUAUUAUUAUGAGGUUUGUGAUCAAUAUGAAAUGGAGUGUGAUUUUUUUCUAUUUCUAUUUUUAUGUGAAUACUCAUUAAACACCUGUUUAUCAUUUUAAACUAUGGGUACUUUAGUACUCCCUGGGUAUUUUCAAAUCUUUCACUCACCAGGGGGGGGGGGUGCCCCCUGCAAUUUACUUAACUACUUAUUAUGAUAUCUGCUUGUUUUAAAAGUUUGUUUCUGAACUCUUGAACAAUAUGCUAAUCUCUGUCUGUGAAUACUUGUAUUUAGAUAUAUUGGUAAAUGUAACCUGAAAUAGUUUUCAAAUAGGUGAAGAAGUUCAAUUUUUUUAGACAAAUGUGUUUGUUAUAGAUCAAUUUUAUAAUAGAUUUUUUUUUAUCCAAUAAAAUUUUGCUCUUCUUUUUUAAGCUAGGACAGAGAAAAAUAUAACAUAAUUUAUAUCUGCUGCUGUGAAUUUAGGGGGAACAUCGUACACUGCCCCUCUUGUCCAAGGGAAUCGUGGUGCACCUAAAUUUUGCAUUUCUAGAGAGCAACUUCGGUUUUUAGUCGAGUGCCAUUUCACCACCCCACAGAUGGCGGAGAUUUUUGGUGUUUCUGCAAAAACCGUUCACCGUCGAUUGAAGUACGUACUACAGUAGCUAAGUUUUGAGGCUUAAUUUUUUUUUAUCCUGAUAAAUAGCAUAAAUUUUGAUAAUUGAUGAAUUCAAUAUUCAUAUCCCAAUUUUCGCUGCUUUUUUAGGCAAUCAAAUACAUCAAAUUGAAAAUCUUUGUGUACAGGAAAAGGUCAUUGACUUUUCUUUUUUUUAAAUUGCUAUUGUAAAAGAGAAAAUAUCUUUCUACGAUCUUUCUAUGCUUAUCAAGCUUCUGUGUACUUGUUUUUGCUGGAUCAGUUAUUUUCACACCCAUAUGACAGUAGCAUAUUUUUUUAGCACCAAAACAUGCAUUUAAAGUAUAAAAAAUUAAUUAUUUAUAUCUUUCUAAAUUGUUUAACUUUGCCAUUUGAAACAUUUAUUUUACUAAAAUCAUUAUUCAGACAGAUUUAGGGGUAAAUGAUAAGGGAGGACAAAAUGACCGCUGUAAGAACAAAUGUGGAACUGGGACCUGUCCCCCCCCCCUCCCACCUUUCAUGUUUUUCAACAGCAACAGCUACAAAACAAAUCAAACAAUUAAUUAUUUUGGAAUAUACAUUGUAAUAUAUAACACACAUAAUAUGCAUAUUCAUAAGUAGUAAAGGUAGAAUAAUAAGAAACCAUAUUUACCUUUGUUUUUGUAAUCUAUGGGUCUCGUUUGCUCUGUUGCAACUUAUAUUAUAUGUCCCGAGUGACCCGUUUCUGUAACUUUCUCCGAGCUCAGCUCUAUUUUUUCCUAAACUAUUUUUAGCUAUCGAUGAUUACACAUUAAUUAUUUGUUAAGGGCCUAUCCACAACAAGCAUUUGCUUUACUUUAGGUCCAUCCACUUUGAAUCUGCAUUUAUAUUGUAAUCAAUGCUUACUAUUUAGGAAUGAGUUAUAUGUUUUUUGUAUUUUGAUUGAUUUGUGGAAAAUAUAAUUAAAUGAAAAUGAAAAAUGAAAUAUUCAAGCCAUUGUCAAUAUUAUACAAGAACAUUUGAUAUUUUCUUACAAUUUACAAGAAAAAAAAUGCAUAUUGCAUAAUAAAAUAUUCAGCAAAUUGAAAAGUGCAUUUCAGUUUGUUCUACAUAAGUUAUUCUGAUAAAGUACAGUUUCAUGCACUUAGAUUAUGGCAUAUUUUUCGAAUCAAAACUUUUUUAUUGCGUACUCUCUGAAUGAUUAAGUUUCAGAAUAUGAACCUCUGAUAUAGCCAGGCACGUAUGCAGGAUUGAAUUUGAAUGGGAGGCCUAAGUUUGGUUUAAAAAUUCUAAAGUUCCAGAAUAUUGCUUGACAAGCCAAAAAGAGAGAGAGAGAGAAAGUCUUUCCUUUCCCUACAGUGGCUUGACAAUCUUACAAGCAAGCAAGCCAAAAACAAAACAAAAAAAGUCCUCACUAUUUAUUAUCAUGUUCUUAUUUCAUAUCCACUUUUGGUGAAAUUUUCAGCAUUAGGCUUGUUUGAGUUUUCUAUGUUUAUUUGAAUAAACUUUUUGUUGGGGUGGACUUACCCUUUAAAUCUUGACAAUAUGUAGGCCUAUAGUGCCCAUCAUCAAUGAAUUUCAUCAAACAGGACUGAGUGGCUCAUUAAUAUUGGUUAUAUAUAAAAGGCUUUUCCAUAUCUUUUUCAUUUCUGCAGGGAAUUUGACAUAGGAAGGGUGAGAUCUUACUCGGCCAUGUCUGACAAUGAGUUGGAUGAGGUCAUCAUCGAAAUUUUGCGUGGAAACACCCGACUUGGGCCCAACGCAGUCAUGGCACGUCUGCGUGGAAGAGGAAUUAUGGUUCAACGACAGCGUGUGAGGGACAGCAUGUUGAGGACUGACCCUGAGGGAGCUGCUGAGAGGGCGAUGAGGCCACAACUGUAUCGAAGGAGGUAUCGAGUUGCAGGUCCUAACUCCCUGUGGCACUUGGAUGGCAACCACAAAUUAAUCAGGUGGAGAGUAGUUAUUCAUGGAGCUAUCGAUGGCUUCAGCCGACUUCUCAUCUUUCUUGCUGCAUCAGACAAUAACAGGGCUGAGACUGUUUUGAAUGCAUAUGUAGAAGCUGUGUCAACAUAUGGGCUCCCUUCAAGAGUUCGUUGUGACUUUGGAGGGGAAAACAACGAUGUGUGCUCCUUGAUGGAAGUUAUCCGUGGAGGAGGUCGGGGGAGUGCACUAAGGGGUACAAGUACCCACAAUCAGCGAAUUGAGAGAUCCUGGGUUGACAUGUGGUGUGGAGUCACAAAUCUGUACUAUGACUUAUUUUCCUUUCUGGAAGCAGAAGGACUGUUGAAUGUAGAUGAUGCUGUACAGAUUUGGGCAUUACAUUAUAUUUACCUACCCAGGAUCAACCAAGACCUGAAACUAUUCAUAGGCCAGUGGAACAAUCACGGUUUGCGUACCGAAGGGAGCAAAACACCACUGCAAUUGUUUGUAGGCCAUGUUCUGCGGUUGCAAGGCAGCAACCAUACUGCGAUCCAGGAUAUGUUUGGUGUUCCAUUAGAGCAUGCUGAACGGCCUCCACCUGAAGGGAUGGACUUUGCAGAUCUUGUUGAGGUGCCUGCAACGGCCCUUCCUCUUAGUAUAGAGCGCCACGAACAACUGAUGCAGCUGGUUGAUCCCCUGGACACUAGUGACCCAUUUGGUAUAUCCUUGUACACAAGGACUUUAGCUUUUGUACAAAAUCUAUAAGUAGAGGUAGGCUAUAGAGGGGUGAAAAAGCAUCGAUGUUUAGGAAUCAGAUUUUAUCUCAUUUGUAGUAGACUUUUGCCUAAUUGAUAUGAUGCCAUUUUACGUAAUUAGGUGCAAAUUGAGACAAUACGGGCCAAAAAAAAUUGAGGGGGACAUGGCCUAAAAAGUGGUGAGUCAUUCCCUGUUUAAAACAGAAAAAGUUCAACUUGUACUUGCAUGCUAUAAAAAUUGAUAACUUUAGAUUUGCAUGACAGUCAAAUUAAAUAAACUAUAAAGUUGUUUAAUGAUGAUCUCAUAGAUAAAUUAAAGUCCUUCCAAAUUGAAUUAUUACGUGUUUGAAACGGAUGAAAUUUCUACCAAAUUGGUUGGGAAAACAUAUACUUUAUUUAGAGAAAUACAUUCACUAGCUUUUUUAUUAAUGAUAUGUUGCAUAUUUCAAUAAAGGCAGAAUAAGAGCUAUGAAAAAAGGAAGGGUUGUCCUUUUAUGUGUAAACUAUUUAAAGUCAUUUAAAACUAUUCGAAAUGGCUCUUAGUUUAUGUAAAAUUAUUAAUAAACAGACCAUUGUAACUGCAUUAUGCAUCUCCAUUGAAACAUACAAUUUUGUAUAUUUAUCUCUCCUAUGACUUUGGGCCAAUGACAUUUUUACCAAGUUUCUAAUUGAAUUGUCUUUAAAUGACAUAUCAACUAUCACAAAUUUUGAAACUCUAUUUCUCGAGUGUUUCUUGAAAUACUAGUAUUGCAAUCGCAUGAGUUCCUCCUGAAUCCUACUCCUGAUAUUCUAGAAAUUGAAAUCUGUGAUCUUGACCAGGGAUGCCAAUCUCCCAGAAUAUGUACGAAGACAGAAAUCAGAAUGUGAAUAAGCAAACAACUGUCCCAAAUGUUAUUUGCAUGAUAGAAUGCGUGUUGAUAACAAAUAUAUACGCUUGGCCAUUCAUUGUGGACAUGAGCAUUGAAUUUACAAAAAAAUACACAUCUAUAUUUCAGGUUGUAGGCAUUUUGUUACCCAGAUCAUCAAAGCAUGCUCAUGUCCAGUGGAUUAAUUGUAUUUUUCACGCUGUGCCUUUAGUAUUCCAGAAUUUGAUUGUUUUUGCGAAUUCAUGCAUUUAAAAAAACAUUUGCAGGAUUUUUACAGAAACAUUACAUAUUUCUGGAUCAGCAUUCUAUAAGAUGUAGUAUGUACAUAUCUUUUUGAUUGUGAUAAUAAAAAUAGUAAUUCUUAUAAAGUGCUUUUACAGAUAUCUGAUCAGAUGGUUGUUGCAUUUCUGUAAUAAGUGAAUGAUUUGAGACAUGUCCACCAACCUUGUGCUACUUUUGUUAAGGAAACGGCUAAUCUAAUUUUAUCUAGUUUUGACUGAGGUACAAGUAUGUUUAAGCACAGAAAAGUGGUGAAGUUACAGAGAUUCAAGCUACAACCACCCAAGGCCAGAUUUUGAACAGAUCCAUAAGGAAUAAAAACUAUCAACAUUUAUCAUUCCAUAUUAAUUCAUUAUUAGCCUGGUUUGACCCUUACAAUUUUGAUGUUGGUUAAUGCGGGUCUCAAUGGGUCAAACAGCAACAACUCAACAAUUGCUUUGGAAUGACAGAGUGAGUAGAUACUAGGGAUGUAUUUGAGGCCGGCAGUUCCGAGUCACAAGGCUGCUAGAUAAAAAAAAUAUUUCCCGUAGCCUUUGCACACGGGACUUGGACCAUGGCCGAGACCAGUAAAUUUUGGCCUCGAGGCCGCCCUCGAAUGCAUCUCUGGGAGAUACCAUGAUAAGAAGCUUUUUUGUUUGACUUAACAUGCUUGAAUGGUCUUCUUUGAAGUGAGGUAUCAACCAUAGCAAUAGAGCAAAAUGUUAAAUUAGUCUGUUAUAAUUGAGCAAGGUGCCACUUGGAGAAGGAGAAAUUUUCAUAUAGUGCCUCUAGACCAGUUUUCUACGCUGAAUAUGAAUAUAUGAGGUAAACAGGCUGUAUCCUAAAAAUUAACCUGUGAGGGCGCUUUUUUGAAAGUAGCCGCCGAAUUUUCAUAAAAUUUGAAUAUUCGUACAUAGAUUUUGACACAAGCAUCCAAUUGCCAUGAAAUUAGUGUCAUAUGAAAGCCAAUUAAAUUUCCUACAAUUUGAUACUAUUUUGGGGGGGAUAGGUAGGUCAUUUGGCUGAGAUUUCAAGUAGAAAACUGCAUUUUUUGUAAUUUUUCCCCAAAAUUGAAAAUUUUGCAAAUACAUGAAUUUACAUAUUUAAAGUAUUACUCUCUACUCAGGGACAUGAGAUAUUUCAAUUUUACUGAACACCCUGAAACUGCAUGUCCUUUUGCAUAAUGUCAGUUAUCGACACAUUUUUGCUUGCUGAUGCGUAAAAAAAUGUGGUAACAUGUGGAAAAGUUAGUAUCAGAGUAUACAGCAAGGUUCACUUCAUGAACUCUAUCAAAAACAAAGUCCCAUCAUUUGUUGUUUUAGAGAUACACACAAUGAAAGGUGUGAAAAUAUUGUGCUGUGUAAUGUCAGUUACCGCGAAAAUGCCCAUUUGUAAGCUCACACAUAAAUGGUAUCAUUGUGCUCUCCAUCAGAAUGGAAAGCCCAUAAACUGCUCUUUGUAGGUUUUAUAUGGAAAAUAUGGCACAAAAAGUGUUUACGUAUUUUUCUUUCUGAGUGUAUUGCUUCCCCUCCCCCCCCCAAAAAAAAAAAAACCUAUUUUUAUUAUAACUUUGUAUGAAGUUUUGUAUGAAACUUGUAAUGGGCAAUCCACUGUUAUUUUUCACAAUAUUGGCUACUAUUUUUUUUUUUUUUUUUUUUUUUGGUGUUUAUAACUAAUGCAUACUUUUGGCAAAUGUUCAAAAUAUGCUAUUUUCAAUAAUAUUUUAAGAAUAAUGCUAUUUUUUAUUCUGCGGUGAUGUAUAUACACCUUUUCAGUGAAACCUGCCAUAAAUCUAAUAACAUGUCAUAUGGUGAACAUAUUUACCUAUGUAAAUUGUUAAUAACUGCAAUUUAUUGCUCUAUUGAUAUACAUGUAUCUUAUCAGACAAAAGUGAAAUUAUGCAUUUCUCCACUGAUUUGUAUGUCCACAUAAGGUACAUGUAGUUGAAAAUGGAGCUACAACAGUACAAUAUAUCAAAAUAAACAGUGCAUUUUAGGUCACCAGAGGAAGAGCAAGUUAUUUAAUUAUUAUUUUGUUCUUGUCAUCAUUUAUCCUUGUGCAAGGUGGGCCUCAAUAUAUGAGGAUGGGAAGUCCAUGUGAAUUGAAGUGUUAAAUGUUAUACUGGAAAGAAAGACAUUACAAUUUUGUACACAUGGUCACUGUGUAAGAUGAUGUUUAAGUCAAUUAAAAUCUCAUAUAUAUGAUCUCUGCAAACAUGAGGCUAAAAAUAAAAAUAAAAAACAAUGUGUAAAAAGUAACACAGAAUUUACGUUAUUUUUAUGAUUGAUGAAAGAUUGAAUGUCAAAGUAGUAUUGUAUGAUUAAAAAAAAAAAUAAUGUUUGCUUUUGUGGGAGUUUGUGAGUUGGCUCAUGUGAUUGGUGAAAAGAAUGACUGAUGAUAUGUGGAAUGGUUGCUUUUUAAUAAUUAUAGCUAUUCAAUAUACAGUGGUGCUCAAAAGUUCAUGAACCCUACCAGAAAAUGUAUUUCAAGUCAUCAAUUUAUUUUCAAUUUUUGUAAUUUUUUAUUUAAUAGUAAAUACAGGUAAUAAGCAUAAAACUUGUGUACUCAACACACAUUACCAAUACAUGCAUCUUUUGUUAGGGUUUAUUAACUUUCAAGCACAACUGUUUCAUAGAUACAAUUAGAUAUUGCCCUUUGUCAGGAGGGGAGUGGGAAAAAUCUGCUUUUGGGUAUCAACAGCCAAAAUUUAUUUUUGUACGGCUAGAGAGUAUGAAAUCAACUUGAAACAACUGUAUGCGGGAUUAGUGGUCAAUAGUUACAAUGUCAUUGGGGGGGAUGUCAAGGGGUUCAACCACCCCCCCCCCCAAUCUGAGGCCAGAAAAAAGAUGGACAGACAAGUAAUUUCUCACCUCGUUGUGGCUGCAUGGGGGUUAUUACAAAUCUCUCGCCUAGCCUAACAGGGCUGGGGGGUGCUCGAGCCCCCUCCCCCAUAAUUUUAUCAAAUAGAAUGAAAAAAAAAGAUAGACAGGAAAAGAGAAGAAAAAAGGGUAAAGUAUUAAGCUACUUUUUAGACUUUGAGCGCUGGGAACCUAUUCCCUUUUCAAAAUUCUUUUAUUAAGCAAAAAUUUUCUAGCUCGCAUAUCUUAAAGAGAAUGGUGUCUCAUUUGCGUAAUUUUCUGCCCACUAUUUUUUUUCUUCUUUCUAUGCAACAAAGGGUACGUCCAUUCAUCCUUAAUCACACAUCAUUUAACUCAUCUAUAAUAUUCUACAUAAAAUAAUAUAGGCCUAAUUCAGGCAGAUUAUUAUUGAUAAAAUUUAAACGAUAUAUUUCAGGAAUGAUAAUUGAGCUCUGUAGAAAAGAGUCGGUGGAUACUAUUCACCGAUUUGUCACCCCUAACGAUCAGGGGAGGAGAAAAGGAAAUCAGGGUCAUCCCGAUAGCUAGAAGGCCCGAUAGGCCGCGGUUCCAAUACAGCGAAGGCCAAUAUAGACUGCAGGUUCGAUAGACCGAAUCAUGGACGUAAAUCACUGGGGGGACAGGGGGACGUGUCCCCCCUACCAAAAAUAGUAGGGGGACACUAUAUCAAAUAUCCCCCUACUUUUUCGGUCUUUUAUGAUGGAGAAAAAUGCAUCAUUUACAUUCGAAAUACAUGUAUUUUGGACUAAAUGACCUUACAUUUUGGGUGAAAACCUUUUUUUUUUUUUUGCUUGUCAAAUUUUUCAGAGUGAAUAAAAUCAGAUGAGGGGAAGACUUGGAAAAUAAAAAGAUUCUUUCAUGUCACUAUAUAAAAUUUUCGCUUGCGCUUCGCGCUCACAUUGCCUGUUAGGUCAUUUUUCAAUAUGGUGCUUGAAUAUCAAGUUUGGAAGUCAAUACAAUUAUACAUUUCACCUCGGAAAUCGAACUUUCAUUAUUUUGUGUGAUUUACAAACUGAUUUUUAAAAGCGUUCUGUAAAAGAGACAGCUUUAUGGUCUGAAUAUUGACAUUUAGUCGCACUGAGCGCUCGCAAAAUUAGAUUUAUUCAGUACCUAUUAUUUUUGUGUAUUUCAUUUAGUUUGAGAAAUAUCCCUUUUCAAGUCUGAUUGUCAAAACGUAGCGAAUAGCGCUACUUGCAUUUUGAUUGGCGAUUUAUGUAUUUCUCAAUAUUGAUUUUCAUGACAGUUUAUCAAAGAAUUUGGCUCGCGAUUUGCGCUCGCAUUAAUGGUUAAAAAUAUUUUAACUGAUGCAUCAUAUUCAUAAUUCCAAAAAUGCUUGAAAUGUCCAGUUUUCAAGCCAUAAUAUCAUCCAAUUUCUCGCCCUCAUUAUGCAUUGAUAAAUAAGAUAUUAAUCUAAUGAUUAAAUUGUCCAUUUUGUUUCAUCUCGCGCUUAGCAAGAGAAAUAGGAAGAUAGUCAUCAUUUUCAUAUAUGACUUGUCCUAAGGAUGUCCAAAAACUCAAAUAAUAGUAAAAAAAAUUUCCUACAAAGUGCUUGAAAUACAUAGCUGAAAUAGAUAGAUCGGAAUUUCAAAUAGUUUAAGCUCGCGCUUCGCGCUCGCUGAUAGAUUUCAAUUCUGAAUCUGAAACACGCGCAUGUUUAUUCAGAUAUUUAACUUGUUCUCUAUUUAAACCAUUAUCCAGUUUCAUAUCACAAUAUCAAAAGUUUUCUGCUCGCGCUUUGUGCUCGCAUUAUUAAUGUAGAAAUAUCCCCUCAUCCUUUUCAUGAUUUACAAAAACAUGAGUAGAGUGUCCCGUAUUUAGGUCUAAAUCUCGAUUUUUUUUUUCUGCUCAUGCUUCCCUUGCAUAAAUUGUUUAGUACCAGGGGGGGGGGGCGGUGGGGGCAGUCGCCCCCCCCCCAAAAAAAAAAACGUCCCCAAAAAGAAGGGAAAAAGAGAGGAGAAAAGGAAAAGCGAAGGGAGGAAAGGGAAGAAAGGUAGCUUUGUGUGUUUUUCUUUUUAUUCUUCCUUUUUUUCUCAAAAACGAAACUCCUUCAUUCUUGCUCUAAAUUUAGUUGUAUGAAUUUUGCUUCCGCGCUGUGCGCGGUUAAAUGACAAUAUUGCAGUUCUCCUUUGUUUCCCUCACCCUUUCUCUAACCCUGUUUUUCCACCUCGGCUAUAUGUGUUUCUUGCCAGUUAAAGUUCAAAUGUAUACAUUAGGGCAUGGAAUUUAAUAGAGAAAGGUUAGGCCGAAGUAUAUCUUUUUGAAGUUGUCUUUUUUUUUAUAAAUUGAUCGCGCAACUUCUGGUCGGGUCGGCUCCGGGAGGGUAAAAUCUUUAUAUCAAUAUCUGCCGUCACCUCCAUAUAGGCAAUACUUUUCAGCUCAUUACUAAACAACCAUAAUUUGGGGGGAAACAGGUUCCUAAUUUAAAAAGGGGAAGGUAUAAAAUUCGUCGUAAUAAAUAAAAUAAAAAAUUACAAUAUUUGUUAUCAAAUUCUAUUAAACUUCAUGUCAUUUCCCUGCACAUUUAUUUCCUGUCCUGUUUUGCGCCCUCAGUUUGAAAUUGUGAAUGACACUUAAGUUUCUUUAUCAUUUCAAAUGGAGCGCAUCAGGAUAAGUCAAAGAAAUUAUACAUCAUCCUGUUUUAUAUAAUUUCAUUAAAUCAAAGAAGUUUCAACUUCGUUGAAAGCUACUCGGGGGGGGGGGGGGGGGGGGGGGCUGAGUUGAGUCGGGGGUACAUACCCCAUCCUCCUGGCUUUUAAGCAGGGCGGCCUUGAUGGUAUAUAUCUAUAGCACCCCAUCCCACCCACCCCCCCCCCCUCCUCCUCCACCAACACAUAUGUGAGUUAUAAUGAGGAAGAGAGGCGAUACGAGCCAAAGAAAUUCUAUACACCUUUUGUUUGUGAAAAACAAUUUUUGUUGAUUUACUUUGUUUAGUUUUAUGCGAAUACAAGGGUAAUAAAUCACUUCAAACAAAAUUAAACAUGCUAAGAACUUAGUUGUAACUCCACACAAUUCAUAUUUUAGCCCAUUGUUGGACAUCAAACAAGUAUAACUUGUAGCUGCAUUACCAUAGCAUAAUAGGAAGUGCACAAAAUAUGUGAAUUAUGGACCAUGACUUUGUGUGAAUUGAACGCUGUAAUUUUACAUUAAAAUGAGGGGCGUCUUAUGAGACGUUUUCUUUUUUUAAACGUGUUUAGUUAUAUUAGAUAUUGAAUGCAAGGUAUCAAUCUAUUCCGGAGAACCCACUUUUUCUUUUGAGCCCAAAAUAUUCAACUUUUCUUUAUUUAUUUGACCCUUACUAUAGGGCACAUACGGUUAAUUC